AUGCCCAAGGAAGCAUAUCAUUUCCCUCUUCUACUCAACUUCACCCGCAUUAUGUCAAAUACCUCCUACUACUUUGGGCCCGACUGGAGUAACAGCAACUAUACUGAGAAGAUUGUUCCCCUCGCAAAUUUGCAAGAUGUGUUUCAUGAGACAUUACAUCCAUCUGGAUACCAUACUUUCUAUAAUGAGGCACCAAACCUAUUUGGUUUCCUCAGACUACGACAUUAUGAGUGUAUUGGGACUCAGGGAACCUUGCAAGCGGCAAGAAGAUUUGCAGAUCUGCCCCCUCGAUCUUCUUCAGUUGAAGAGAUAAUCUUACAUUGGUCUUGGUGCACAGCAGAUCUACUCAAGAAUAUGCUAGAUUCUUGCAGAGGGCUGAAGAAGCUUGAAUUUAGUCACCGCGAGUUCAAUGCAGCAGAUGGUGCCGCAAUAAUGCCCCGAGAUAUUCUUGAUGCAAUCUUGCCUCAUGCCAGCACACUUGAGAACCUUUAUCUCAAUCUGGAUGACUUUCAAGAUAAACAAGUGGAUAAUCCACAGAGGAUUCACAUGGGCACCGACCUUCGCCAAAUGCAUUCACUGAAGAGGCUUACAAUCGGCAUGCAGGAACUUCUUGGCAUCAAUGCAUCGGCGCUGUUCAACUACAAUGAAGCUGCUGGCCAGCUGCCGCCAAGUAGUCCUGCUCUCCUUGAUUGUAUUCCCGAGAACCUGGAAUAUCUCUUAAUUCAUUCUUGUGGAGGCGGGAUUAUCAUAGACCAAGUGCAUUGCCUGUUGCACGCUAUCACGCAGAGUGAGCGUUUCAACAAACUCACCUACUUCGGUAUAUUGUUCAAAGGCUGGCGAGAAGAUCUCCCAGCCACUGCGGGAUAUAUGACCAAUCACCCCGAUUUCAACAAUGACCUGGACGCUGUCGACGAAUACAAGUCCCUGGAAUUCGAUUUGGGGUUCCAGACAUACACUGCCUAUCACCAUGAUUGGACUUCCAAGUUCACGGAUAAUGCCAAUCGACCGAGCAAUUUAAUGUCUCGCAUUUACGCCCCACAUCUCCGAAAUCUUUACCGGGAGCGACGGAUGAAUUCCCAGUACGUGGAUGCUCAAUAUUCAUACAGCGAUGUGCCCAAUCCGUUCGAGGAUUAG